UCAUGCCCAGGCUGGGCCUUGCAUCAGCCAAAGCUUCACCUUCCUCACCAGACAUUUCCCAAAGUACGUUCGACAUUCGACUACAUACAACAUUCUUCAUCGCAUCGGCGACUCGCAUCCGACCUCUUGAUUCCCUGUUUAUAACAUCUACAAUAUACGAAAAUGUCCUCCUCGAGCCGUCUUUUCCGUUUCAACGUUCCCAAGCCAGCCUGGCUGAACAGCGCCAACACCCGGACCGCAGGUGUCUACCUCGCCGGCGCACUUUUCUCCCUGGGAUUCUUCUUCUUCAUCGAUGCGAGCGUCUACUCCAAAUCCCCCCUCAACGGAUCGCACGUCCACAUCAACUUUGUCGACUGGAUCCCCUUCAUCUGCUCGGCGUUGGGGAUGCUGGUCAUCAAUAGCAUCGAGAAGUCACGCCUCAGCGCCGACAGCUUCUCGUAUAGUGGGAACGGGGUCGCCUGGAAGGCGCGCACGGUGCUGUUCCUCGGGUUCGCCCUGAUGGCCGGCGGCCUGGCGGGCAGUGUCACGGUCAUGGUGCUGAAAUACCUGUUCAACGAUUACGCCCUCACGACGGUCUACAUGGGUGUGGCGAACGUCGUGGCGAACGGCAUGGUCAUGCUCAGCAGUGUGGUGUUGUGGGUCAGCCAGAACAUGGAGGACGAUUAUACCUAUAAUUUGCAGCUGUAGGUGGGCAGUGAGCAUGGAAGGAAAGAAAAUGAACUGCUAGAUUUUGAAAUAUUACUACAAGGACGACAGACGUGGUCCAGACAAGUCUUGAGGCACGGAACGGCGCACUUUUUUUGUCUGAACAGAGUACAAGCAUUAGCGUUUAGUUUGAUUUCCAGGACAACGAAAAAUCCAAUAAUAUUCUUAUCAAGUGUGCA